UGUACAUUUGCAUUACUUGCAUUCCCAUCUAUUCUUCGAGUGUUAAAAGCCUGAGAUAAAAAAUGAAGCUAAGCGAGUCAAGAAGCGAACCAGAGAAGCGCAAGCGACAACAACACUUCGACCACGAUCUUAAAAACAUGAUAUCCUCGUUAACCCACAUGGGAGCAGACAAGGCAGGACCGAGCCAAUAUGAAGAAGAGGAGGAAGAUGGCAUCGGAGUCAUCACGCUUUCUGGAACCAACGUUGGAGCCACCAUGAAGACUGAGCUUGACGACGACAACCAUGUAGACAGCCACAAAAAUGGCGGCCACGAGCUUGAUUCCCUGACCACCUUUGUUAACAGCAACUUCCAAGCUGUGAACAACUCGAUCAUGAUAGGCGCCAAGUACGAGACUCAUGAUCCAGGUGUUCAUCUCGACAUCUCGGGCGAUGUUGAGAAGCCUCCGAUGAAGGCACCUGCGAGGGGGACAAGGGGAAAGAAGGACAAAUCUCCUGUUAGAAGAGAUCGUCGUGAAUCUGAACAUACAGAUUGAUUGGUGACUUAAAGAACAAAGCAUUUUGGGUUGUGUUUUAAUUCUGUUUUAUGUUCUUUUCUUAUCUAAAUAAUCAGAAAAGUGGUGCAUGACAAAGCACUUUACUUUCUCUUGAAACUGGUUGUUUUCACUUGAGUUUAUCAUCAAAAACUUUUUU